AUGCAGUGUGAAAACAACGGCGAUCUGACGAGUUUGAAAAUCGUGCAGUGUGAACUCAGCAUUAGGUUUACAAGUAGACUUCAUGAUGCCUUUGUUCAAAAUAACCUUGGCAUGGUUUUAUUAUGAUUUCUUAUUGAAGAAAAAUCUUCUGUAUCCUUGGCCGAUCGACUGGACGAAGUUGUUAUUAAGGAGCUGCAUAAAAUCGAACAUAAGAAUGUUGCCUUAAUAUUACGGGCAAUUGAACAUCUCAUUAGUAAAGAUGAAGACAGCAUCCAGAAACUUGUUAAUCACGGCUUGGUUGUGAAGAUGUUGAAUUGGUUUGAGAUUUCGUCAGAGAAUCUUAAAGGACCGCACAAACCACCUAGGGACGCCAUGAAUCUCAUUGAAGUUUUCUACGAGGUUGCCAUGGGGCUGUGUCAUAUCACCAUUGCAGGCAGCAAUAAGAUCCUGGAUAUAUUUUUGCUGCGGUUUGGGGCUGUUGUUUUGGAUUAUGAAGUGGCUUUCUGUCUGCGUCUAGAGGCCAUCAGAACCAUAAACUCUAUGUUGGACAGCAGUCCCAAAGAUAUAAGGAAGAAACUCUGCCAGUCAGAUGACCACGUCGGGCUUUUAGAGGACUUGGCAAAAGCAUUGACAGACAUUGGUGAUUAUGAAAUGCAGGUAGCCAUCUCUGAAGCACUCUGCAGGAUGACACCAAGGAAACUAAGAGAAGACUUUGCUGGCAAAUGGUUCCGUUUCAGAAGUUUUGCUUCAGCUUUUACUUCAAUUCGUGACAAAGAUUUUGAAAAAACUGACUGUAGGACAUUUCUGAAUGAACUCAAUAGUUAUUUUGGCAACUCAAGAAGAGUCUUCUCAUUCCCUUGUAUUCAGGCAUUUCUUGAUUCAGCUGAGUUGUUCAAGCCUGAAGAUGAGUUUCUAAAGGAGUUUUGGGUGGAUUUCAACAUUGGAACAUCAACCAUUAGUUUCUUUGUAAAUGAUCCAAAGAACACACUGUGGGAGUUGAUUCACCUGCCUAAAGAUGUUGUCAGCGUGUAUAAUUUUCAAGAGUGUGGUGAUCAGAAGAUAUUGGAAGUUCACAUGAGUACCCCACUCUCUCAUGGAGAGAUCACUGGCAAAAUUGUCAAAAUAAUCUUUAGUGCAGAGCACAACAUCCAAACAGCCCUGACAAGAGUGUUUCCAGAUAAACCACAGUCUUCCUCAUUGUCAAAGGUGUUGGAAGCUGUACAAUCAGGGGAUUGCUUGACCAAGAUGGAAGGAACCCAGCAUGAACAAACAUCAGUGCCACAGACAUUUGCCAGUCCAUCUGCUGCAGAAACCAAAGUCAUCCAUCAGUGUUCCCCCUUGAGUGGACCAAGCAGAUCAAGAUCAAAAGUCAAAGGAACCCCAGGCCAAGACAUUUUUCAAUUUAAGGAUCAUUCAGAUUCUGAGGUUGCACGUGCCAAGACUGUAUUGUUCUGUCAAAUGUCGUCAUCUAACGGGUCUACAAAAUCCCUCCCCAACACUCUGGGUAGAACUCCUGUUAAGAAGAAAAUGAAGGUGUUGCAUUCAGAUGAAUGGUGUAUCCGCAAGGACACUCCACACACUGUCUACAGCAGGAGAAAGCCCAGAGCUAAGGGCAAACUCAGAGUUCUUCCUCUUUCAUCACCCAGCAGUAAUGAGGAGUUCUCUAAGUAUUCAACACCCAAACAAAGACUACAAGGAAGGGGAAAAAUGGCAAGUAAAGACUGGCAGUCUCAAGUCAAGCUAGGGAGAUCACUGAAUAUGGAAUCAUCCUUCUUCAGAGAGUCUACUGCUGAUUCAGGUUUUCAAAACAAGACUCUUUCUGAAACCAGUUUACCACUAGAGGAAAUUGAUAAUCUUAUUGAAGAGCACAAUUUGGAUAAAGAAACAUCAAUUCCCCAGAAAAGUGAAGCAGGUGAAUUAUCCGAGCUGUAUGUGGGUCUGAAAGAGGACACGCAGCUGCACAGACACCCGACAUUCCAACCCAGAAGACUAUUCAUGUCUAGCCCACUAGAGGAUGCUGCAGAGCGAGUAACUGAAGCAUUUGCGGAUGAGGAGUCUGAGGAAGAGUUGGGUGCUGGUGUCAGAGCUGCAUUUAAUUCCUUUAAGACUCAGUUGAGAGCACACUUUACUAGCAGGUAUAAGAAGAUUGAAGCCAGAUCCCUGCAAUCUUUAACAGACUGUCAGAGAAAUGUGACUUCUCUCUUGGGAACUGUACACAAUCAAAGGUUGGUGCAUCUGGAGCAGUUCCAGAACACAGUGGUUCAGCAGUUGACAUGUUUGGAGCAGGACUGUCUGUCUCUCAAAACCAUAGAGAAAGAGACUGUGAAUUUCUGGGUCAGUUCGGAGUCUGACACAGUUCGGGCAUUCUGUGAUAGACAGCAGAAGAGGCUGGAUUCUCUCCUCAUCCCAUAUGUGAGUGCUGAAUCACCAUUUAGUUUAUCAGCGAGAAGAGAGGUCAAAGUUACGGCGCCUGCCUCUCCUCAAGAUCCCACCACUCUAGAUCCCUCCUAGGACAAGGGUUUUUUUUUUUUUU